GGAAGUAGGGCGUCGGAGGGAGCGCACCGCCGGUCACGCAUAUCCGGAAGCCGAGCCCGGGCGGUGUCUGCAGGUCGGCGGGCGGGCGGGGUGACUCUUCAGGCUGGUCACACACGCUAAGACGGAACAGAUCUGUUUAGCCCUCAAGCGUGGGCCCAGACAUAUCGCCAGGGACUGAGCUUUGCAUUCAGCCCACUUCAGCUAAAAACAUGAAGAGAACAUAACUGGUCAAGACAAGAAGAAUCAAAAAGGUGGCAGUCACAUCCGGACCAGAGCCACCUUGAGGAGCCAGAGCCCGUGACCAUCUCCGCCUGGUUGGAGCCAGUGCUCAUAUUUAGCAGCUGACAUCACGAGGAAGAUUAAGGGACCUGGGAACUCUUGAGGAGAGUCUUUCCCAGAGAAUGGAGCUUGGGGGCCGAAUUCUCUGGGCCUUUCUUUCUGGCCCCGGGAGGAGGGGAGGCACCAGGGGCUGGCCCUUCAGCUCAUGGCAACCCCAUCUGCCUCUAGCUGGGUCAUUGAAUGCCACAGAGCUGGUCAGCCAUUGGACUGCUAUCUUUGAGAAGAGGGGCAUCCCUGAGGCCCAGGCAUCCAGUGAGUACAUCGUGGCUCAUGUCCUUGGAGCCAAAACAUUUCAGAGCCUGAGACCAGUACUUUGCACCCAGCCUCUGACCCCUCGGCAGCUACAGUGUGUCCAGGAGCUGAGUAGCCUCCGAUUGCAAAGGAUGCCUGUGCAGUACAUCCUCGGGGAGUGGGACUUUCAAGGGCUCUGUCUGAAGAUGGCCCCCCCAGUGUUCAUCCCUCGUCCGGAAACAGAGGAGCUGGUUGAAUGGGUACUGGAGGAGGUGGCCCGGAGCCCCUGUGUGGUGGGAGCCCAAGGUGGCCCCCUCAUCCUGGAGGUGGGCUGUGGAUCGGGAGCUAUCGCCCUCAGCCUACUGAGUCAGCUUCCCCAGAGCCGAGUCAUUGCGGUGGAUAAGGGAGAAGCUGCCAUCUGCCUGACCCAGGAGAAUGCUCAGAGGCUGCAGUUGCUGGACAGAAUUCGGAUCGUCCCCCUUGAUGUAACCUUAGAGGGGAGCUGGACACACCUCAUGUCCUGGGGUCCCGUGGACCUGGUCGUCAGCAAUCCUCCCUACAUCUUCCACCAGGACAUGGAGCAGCUGGCCCCUGAGAUCCGCAGCUAUGAAGACCCACUAGCCCUGGACGGUGGGGCGAAGGGCAUGGACAUCAUUACCCAGAUCUUGGCCCUGGCACCUUCGCUCCUGAAGGACUCUGGGAGCAUCUUCUUAGAAGUGGACCCAAGACACCCAGAGCUUGUUGGCAGCUGGCUUCAGAGCCGGCCUGACCUGUCCCUUGAUCUUGUGGCUGUGCGCAGGGACUUCUGUGGGAGGCCCCGGUUCCUGCAUAUCCGGAGGUCUGGGCCACAGCGUGGCUGCCUUGCGGAUGCCUGGGCAGGGCCCCUGCCUGCCAGAGUGCCUAGCUGAUCGUUCUUCCUGGAAUGCCACUUGGAGGGAGGUGAUGGUACCUUCUAGAACCCAGACGCUUACGACAUUUCUCAUGGUUUUGUGAUUCUACAUUUCUGUAUGUUCUGUAUUUCUAGAAGACUUGGAGGUAGAAGUAAGGGUGAGGAUGUCCUUCCUGGGGUGGCAGAGAACAGGGCACCCAUAGUAUGGCCCAGAGCUGAGCAGAUCCAAGUUCCCGGUCUGGUUCCAUCACAUCAGUAUGGCCAAGGGCAGGUUACUCAGUGUGUCUGUGGGUGGAAUUGCCUUGGGGAUGUUGGAAGAUAGGGCCAAUAAAAGGUUGAGAGACAAAUAAGUAGUGAUCUAAUGUUUUGUUACUGUGAUUUGUGGGUCGCCUGAUCACUCAUUCCCAGGCAGUGCUGGGGGUAAGAGCCUCCUCCUGCAGGUCUGGCCAUGAGUCUCCCACCUAGUGGGGGUGUGGGAGCAUGGUGUGGAGAAAGGCACAGGGGUGCUCUUCCUGGUCUUGGAUACCAGGGGGCUUGGCACCGAGCAGCUCACUCCUGGGGUUUGACUAGCCCUCCAUUGCCGUGGGUGUGCUCCCACACACUUCCCUGACUGGGCCUAGGCUCUGAGCACAGGAACGUCAUCUGAGCUUCAGCUCAGAGCUGGUUGCCUGCUUGCUGGAGGGGAGUAGGAGGGGGCUGCACUAUUCUGGUAUCACAUGUCCACACUGAUUUAACGGAAGGCUUAUGUCAGUGAGGAGUGAGCAGGUUUUAUGUUUACUUUUUAUUCUUAUAGCUUCUGGCUAAAACAUUCCUUCCAAAUUGACCUUGGAGUUUCAGAUAGCCCCUCUGUCCCUGGUUGGGGCUGGGGAGAGCGAGAAGCCUGGAAAAGUGGGCACCCGCUUGUGAUCUCCACCCCAGCUCUUGUCUGUGCAGACUUGUAGCUGCCAGGAGGCCUAGAAGCCCAGCCCACCUGUCCAUAGCAGCAGUGAACCUCCAGGUUGGCAGGUACUAAUGUGACCAUGCAUCACGUUGUGUCCAGAGGAAUGUGGCAGACCGAACUGGCUCACCCCACUAGCACUUCCAAGGGCCUGAGCUGGUGGUGCAGCAGCCAGAGGCAGUAUGGUCUAGUGGGCGGCCUCCUGUUCUAGGGCUGUCUCCCCAUCGGGAGCUCAGGCAGCUCCCUUCCCUGCAAGAAGCUGGCUGUCCUCUUUCUAGGGGCAGCACAAGGUAGCAGCCUCAUGUGAGUGUCAGCCAGGUAGCAUCUGUCGCCGGCAUCCAAAGGUUCGCUUUCUGGCAGGCCCUCCCCAGGAAAAGACAGGGCCUGCCUGAUAUCUCAUGUGGGGAGGUAGCCAGGUGGAGAUGGGAAGCUAGGUCCCUGUCUUUGGGGGUCUCUACUGCUGGGGUCCUCCCUGGCUUGAAUGGCUGCCUCCCCCCCACACGUACUGUGGCUGAGGCUCACAUGUGCCUUAGCAGGGACCACAUGGUGGCUCCCAGGGCUCCUGUAUCCUGCCCCGUAUCCCAGACCCAGCUGCAUGGCCUCCUUUGAGGAGGAACAGAGACUCCCGGUCAUGGCUGGCUGGAAGGAGCCUGGGAGGGGGCUGUAGGGCACAGCCAGAGUGAGGCUCCCGGCUUUCGGAGCCCCUUGUGCUUUUAGACCUCUGCCUGUGUGGGGCCUUACUGCUAUUGCCCUCUUCCUCCUGCCUGUGCCCUUCUGCUCUUGCUGUCUUGAGCAGCAUCUCAGGGCAAGUGCCCUGACCCGGCUGUCUUUUGCCCCUUGUCCAACAGCCUGGGCCACUCCUCAGCCAGUGCUGGCUUUCCUGAUGGUCUCACCCUCCUGGCUUCAGACCCAUCAUUGAGGAAAGGUCUUGGCCAACAUGUGGAUAUGACAUGUGAGAACAUGUGAGGAGAGUAACAUUGUGAGGAGAGUAACAGUGUAGGGACAGCUGGGGUCACUGAAGCAGGAGCCACUUUUGGAGACAACCAUUCCCAGAAAACCGUCAGGCCCCUCCUGUCCUUCCUCACAGGGCUUGAACGCCCUGAGGUCUAGGCCAUAAUGGCCAUGGCUCUGCCUGGGGAAAGCCAGGCUCACCUGCCAUAUUGUCCCACCUUCCUGGGGCCAGAGCAAGAGAUGCAUUGCCCCCUGUAGCAUGUGUCAUAGAGCAGAUGGUAGAGUACAGGCUCUUCAGGCCUCUGAGGUCUUGAGGGACAUGCCUACUGCCCACCCAGCCUCCUUUAGCCAAGUCCUAAGCAUGGCGGGGGCAAAGGAGUCCUUGACUGAUGUUCUCGGAAAGCAGCUCCAUCCCAUCUGCUGACAGUUGAGGAAACAGGCUCUGCCUCACAGUUGGAUGCUUGUCCUAACUGCCCAUGGGUUUCUCCAUGGGGGCCCAUCUAGCUGUUCUAUUGAAAUGUGUCCCCCAAACCCUUUCCUGCCACCCGCCUGGAGCUGGACCCUGGGCCAUUAACUGCUGCCAAUCCUAGCCCUAAACCCUUGGCUGUCUCCUCAUGACUUGAGUGUGGUCACCGUGUCCUGCAGAGUCCAAGUCUGAAGAGUUGGGGGAGGAUGGCUGUGGGAAAGGACCCGCAGACCCUUUCAAGGCCCCGUCAGUGCUCUGAGUAAGUUUCCAUUAGAACAGUGGGUGCCACUGCUGAACAGGCUUGGAGAACUGCUUUAACUUUUUCAGACCAGCAUGUCCUUCUCUGUCCACCUUUGGAUUCUUUAGUCUGCUGUCCCAGACCGCAGCCCCCCCUGCAGAAUUCUUAAUCCCCUAAAUACAACUCCUUCCCUUCACCAACUGUUCCUUUCAUCAGGAGUGCCUUGCCCACCCCCACUAGUCCAAAUGAUCCCCUCCUUCAGACUCCAGCAGAAAUGCUGCCUCCUUCAGAACACCCGCCCUGACCUCUCUGUUCUUCCCACCAGCCCCUAGCCCACAUUUCUGCCAAUACCAAUGACAUUCUGCCCCAUCCAUUUGAAAACCUCCCUCAUCUCUAUGUGUUUUCUAGAAUGAAGCUGGGACUUCCUGUGCGGCUCACGUCUGAUCUGACGGCAGCGUUUGUGUAUUCUGGCCAGUAGGGAGAAGGCACGAGGGCCCAGCCUCCCACCCCAGCUAGACAGCUGUCCUGGGGGAGCCGCGGCUGCUAAAGGGCUGGAGUGCACCUGAUCUGUGCCCAGCCUCUGCGCCAGGAGUACAGGCUGUCCUUGGCGGCCCCAGGGGCAGGUGCCAGGUUUCCUGGAGCUCUGGGCCCCAGCCAGCCUCCAGCCAGCAUCUUGGCCCGAAUAGCAGCCUGAUCCCCCGUCACAAAUAGAGUCCUGAUCCUGGAUCAGCCCUCUGGAUGGGGCUGGAAGGGUCUGGGCAUUGGCAAAGCAACCCUCCCCAUCCUGUGGCAGAUCGAAAAAUGGCCCCAGAGAUGCCUGUGUCCUAAAUCCUCCCCAACCCUCUCAAUGGGUUACCUUACAUGGCAAAAGGAACUUUGUGGGUGUGAUUAAGUUAAGGAUCUUGAGAUGGAAAGAUUAGCGUGGGUUAUUCAAAUGGGUUCGGUGUAAUCAACAAGUGUGCAUAGAAGAGCGGGGCCAGACUGUCCGUCAGAGGAGAUGUGAGGUAGCAGAGCUUCCAGACAGCUAGAGAAAAGGGCUGGGAGCCAAGGAAUGCAGACAGCCGCUAGACGCUGGCAAGGGUGAUGAAAUGGAUUCUCCCCUAGAGCCUCAAGAAAGACUAGAAUCCUGCCAAUACCUUGAUUUUCACCUAGUAAAACUAAUUUUGGAUUUCUGACCUCCAGAACCGUCAGAUGACAAGUUUGUGUUGUUUUCAGCCACCCCAUGUGUGCUGAUAUGUUACUGCAGCGAUAGGAAACUAAUUCAGACUACGGUGCCUGAAGUGAGGUGCUGCUUUAACACAUGCUUAAAAAGGGAAGUGGCUUUGGCAAUGGGCAGGGGCCGGAGGAAUUUUGCGGUGUGUGAUAGAUUGCCUUGAAUAUCUCUGAGAGGUGGGGUGGCUGGGGUAGGGAACCCUGCUCCAUCUGGAGACCUAAGCUGCCCAGGCCUCUUACUCACAGGUCUCGUAUGGCCUACAGCUGGCCCGUACAGUGAAGAGACUAGGAUAGUGCUCUGGGUGGGCCCUGGAGAGGCUGACCUGGCACCAGGAGUAGCUAGGGAAUGAGACUGCGAUCAGGGGAGGGGAAGCGAGGCUGGUUUGCACCGUCCAUCUCCAGUGGCCUUCAGAGAGGAUCUCAGAGACUGGAUCUAAGCCUGGUUCUGGCCCCCGUGGAGUCAUGUGGCUAGCCCAGCACCUCUUGAGAAUGUGAGGAUGAGCAGGGGCCCUGCCCUCUCUGGGUUGCAGGUACAUCUGUGAAAUGGGCAUGGCGGUCCCUGACUUCAAGCUGAUGGACCUGACCCUGCCGUGUAAGCUAUGGUGAGCUUGGCUCCUUCCAGCCACCUGCAGGGCCCAGCUUCUGCUACAGGCCUAGACUGGGCUCUGUGGCUCAGAUAGAAUUAAGUCAUUCCUGGGAUUUUCAUCCUAUGGUUCCCAGAGCUGAAAUGACCAACUAGAGUCUUUGACCCUGUCCUCUCUGGGCUAGGACCAAGACUCCACUUUUGCUGAAGGGGACUCAGGGCCUCUGGAGACGCCACCCCACCUGGCCAAGGCCUGGGGCUCCUGAAGCCACAGCCCCAACUCAGGGGCCGCAGGGAGAGCUACUGGGAGGCCAGACAUGGGCUGGUGUGGCUCCUGGCAAGUCUGAGACUGGAUUCUCCUGAUACGCUUUGGAUGAAGCCCGGGAGGGCCUGAUAGUAAUAGAUGGGGUGGAUUGUCCACUCCCUGAUCCUCUUUCUAAACAGAAGGAAGGGGGUUACUCAGGGUCACAUAGCACUUGCCUCCUAACUCCUGGUGCAGUGCUCUCAGCCUCCCUUGCUGCCAAGGGCCUGGGUUCAUUUACUUGGAUGGUGUGGCUGUUUCAUACAACUCUUCAGGUAGCUCCUAUGGCAACUCCUGAUGGUAGCGCAACCAUUGCUGAGGGGUUGGAUAGAGAAGGGAGCGGCCUGGGCCACAGUGGGGCCCAUGACUGACAGGAGCCCGGGGUGCCUGGAGCCACCAUACACUGGGGCAUGGGGGAAUAGGGCCAGUCAGCUUAAGGGUGUGGAGUGCCCUCAGGACAUCCCAGAGGCAGUGUUGGGCAAUGGAUGGGCUUCAGGAGAUCCAGAUGCAACAGGCAGGGGCAGAGUUCAGAGGCAGGCCUUGAAGCAAACUUGAGAAGACCACUCUCCCAUGCCUGAAUACGGCCAGCAGCUGUAACCGGGCAUCUCCAUGUGCCAGCUGGUACCAGGCGCAGCACACCCUGGCGUCAGUACUGUCCGCAUGUCAGGAGUGGCUUUCUUGGUCCCUAGAGAGGUGGAGAGACUGAGGCUUAAGUUGCCCAAUGUCACACAGCCAGGAAGUGGCCAUGGUUGGGGUUUGAACCCAGUCCUCUGAUCCCCCAGCUGGGGUCCCGGUGUGGGGGCCACCGGUGUGGGGGGAGGGGUUGAGCAGGCCCUGGAAGCUGACCGCAGCUCAGGGCCUCAGUUCCCAGAGAGGCUCCCAUACCUAUGGGCAGGGGAGCGGCCAGGCUCACCUGGGCUACCAGGCAAAGGGGAAAGUGGCGAAUUGUCCAGAAACCACAGAUGUAAAGCAAGCUUCCUUCCCUCCCAGGUGCACAGCUUUCAUACUAAGCAGGGGAGGAACUAGGGGAAGGGCCCUGUGUGCAGGGCAGGGGAGGGCAGUGAGAAGGGCUGCUACCAAAGGGGACUGAUGUCCUUGGCUCGUGGCGUGGGGCUGACAGACCCCAGACUCUGCUUCUCGGCUGACAGGGGGAAAGUGAGUCCCCGCUCAGCAGGAGCGGGGUGAAGCAUGUUGUGGCCAAUGAGGCAUUUUAGGUCCCCAGGUUGGAGGGGGGGCAGGUUCUGGAAGGAGGUGCCCGCUGGAUAUGCCUACCACACUUGUUGAGGCUGUUGCACAGCUCAAGAACUGACUACAGGUCCCUGCCUCUGCCUGCAUGGAAGUCUGCCUUCUCUCCCACAUUCCGCCCAGCCACUUGGAGCCAUGGGGAUGGUUCUUUCAAACCAAGUUUCAAGUGGAACUCAAGUAUGUAUUUUUACAAAGAAAAAAGUCAUAUCUUACAUAUAACAUUAUUAUUAUUUUUAGAAGAUUGAUUUAUUUGACAGAGAGAGAGAAGACAGGUCGGUGGAGGGACAGAGGGAGAAGCAGACUCCCCGCUGAGCAGGGAGCCAUACGCAGGACUCAAUCCCAGGACCCUGAGAUCAUGACCUGAGCCGAAGUCAGCUGCUUAACCGAAUGAACCACCCAGGCGCCCCAAACAUAAAUUUAUUUUUAAAGUUCACAUUCUCAACAUUUUCUCAGCAUUAAGUCCAUCAAGAACAACAGUGAGGGUGCCUGGGUGGCUCAGACAGUUAAGCAUAUGCCUUCAGCUCAGGUCAUGGAUCCCCAAGUCAGGCUCUCUGCUCAGCAGGGAGUCUGCUUCUCCUUCUCCCUCUGCCUGCUGCUCCCCUGCUUGUGCUUGCUUUCUAUCAAAUAAAUAAAAAAAAUAUUUUUUAAAAAAUAGCAGUGAACACACGUUUGAAUUGGGGGCUGGGAUAGUCCUAUGUCAGCCUCGGAGAUCCAUUCCUUUCUGUGUUUGAUUUUAGUGACACAGGACAAAAUGACCCCCUAACCCUCACAGAUAAGUGGUCACAAGUGUUGGCAGUGUUUCUGAAGGCUGCCUCGCAGUCUCUCAUUCACAGGGACAGCAGGAGAAGCCUUAUUUCAAGCUGAGCGCAAACCUGGUUCUCUGGACACAAGCGUCAUAAUUUGGUGGUGUGCCCGUUUGAGUCUGUGUGUGGUCUUUUAUUUUUUAAAAGAUUUUGUUUUUAUUUAUUUAUUUGUCAGAGAGAGAGAGAGCUAGCACAACCAGGGGGAGCAGCAGGCAGAGGGAGAAGCAGGCUCCCCGCUGAGGAAGGAGCCUGAUGUGGGGCUCGACCACAGGACCCUAGGAUCCUGACCUGAGUUGAAGGCAGAUGCUUAACCAACUGAGCCACCAAAGUGUCCCUGUGUGUGAUUUUUUAAAAAAUUGGGCUCUUUAUAAUAACUAAAAAUAUGAAAAGACAGGGAAAGCAAGAGAAAGAAAAGGAAAGGAGGAAGGGAAAGGAAGGAGGAGGGAACUCAUGGGGUUUCUUUGGGUUCUUGGGACGCCAGCCUCUGCCGCUGCCUCUCCUGGGAAAUCUGCCCUGGCUGCUUUAGCCCUACCCAUCCUAGAGAUUCCCAGAGCCGCCUUUCACCUAGCAUCUGUCUCACCAAGCGAAUCGGGCCCAUCCGCUCCUGGAAAGUCUCAGGAUCCCACAAGCCCCUCUUGGCUCCAGGGUGGACGUUCCAGGUACUCAAUCCCUGGUUCUGGGGCAGGGAAGAAGGCUCCAAGCAGGGACAGGGACGAGGAGCUUCCCUGGGCUCUGUGGUGGUAUCUUCAGGAGUGAAAGGACUGGGGAACCCAGUGCCCCUGAAAGCCUGGGGUUUCUGUAGUUCUGGGUACCUUCAUUUCUGGGAACUUGCUGUGCUCUGGAAAGAGAGAAAUGAGAAGCAAAACCCUAGGGCCCAGCACCCCCCUCCUUCCUGCCUUCCUUCCGCUGAGUCACAGCCAAGAGCCCAGUACCUCAGCCUCCUCUUGGGGCCGCUUGGGUGGGGUGGAAUUCGGGGUCACGUGAGGAUGCAGCAUCUGGGACAAGUCCUCUUUUCCUGCCAACAUCCUCUGUGAGGUUGCUGGGCUGAGGCUACUUCCGAAGCUUGGGGAAGGGGUGACUGAGGUCUUUAUCUGGCCUGUCUCCCCUCCUAUUACCAGGCCCAUUGUUCACCUGUAAGCAUUGAGCACCAACUGUAAACCAAGCCAGGGGGUGGGGCGGUUCAUGUGGGGUCCUGUCAUUGAGGAACUUGUGGACUUGGGCAGGGACCCCUGACAGGACCCCAGUGUGUUUGCUCUGGUCAGCAAUGGGGAGCCAUGGGAGCCUUUAGGCUCUGAGAGAGCACAUCACACACACACAUCACAGAGACCUGUAUAGCCCUCCCCAGGGACCCAUGUGCACAUGCAUAUGAACAGGUGUGGGACUGGAGCAUUUGGGUCCACAUCCAUGAUCACAGGUGUCCAUGCAGGGCCUCCCAUGGUUGGGGGAGUUUGAGGCUCUGGGAGUCAGGCCAGGACCUUGUGUUUGUGUGUGGGGGAGUGUCACCCUGUCUUGGAGGCCCAACCACUGUCUCUGAGUCAUGGUAGCCCACGGGAGCCUGAGGACUGUGCCCCUAUUUCAUGGGAAAGAAAGCGAAUGUCCAGAGAGGGCCCAUGCCUCGGCCAGGAUCCCAUGGCAAGUUAGGGGAGAUCUGGGAGCGAGGGAGUCAGACCUGGGUGCCUUGCCCACAUCCCUGUCCUCUUCGACCUGGCACUUGGGGCUUGACACCCCCGACGACCACACUGCAUUAAACUCUGGGAGAUGACAUUGGUGAUCCUCCCAGCAAACUCACCUGAGGACCAACCCUAGAUACCCUAGGGUUUAUGGACCAUUUCUGGGGGUUUCCCACAUACCCCGUCUCUGGUUGGGCCGUGCUAGAUUCUUGGAAUGCUCUCGCUUUCGGCCUCUCCCUCUCUGGUACUUGAAUGAUACCCAGACUUCCAUAUUCUAAUUAAAUGCUUCCUCCACUUCUCUGACCCCGUGGAAGGUUCUCCUUCCUCUGGAUUCCCCUGAGCGUCUCCCCCCUUAUUUCCACCUCCUGUUUGUCCACCUACUAAGCAUAAAAUUGGUCUCUAGAGGCCUAGGCUGGCAGUGGAGGGUCCUUGAGGCAGAGACAAUGGGAGCCACACCCAGGCCUGCCCAGCCCUUUAGACUUUGCCCUUCACCAGGUUGGGCCUGGGACAAGGACAGGAAGCUGCCUCUCCUGGGUAUCAUCACCUGUCCCCAACUCUGCUCCUUCUCUGAUGGCCCAGCCAGGCCCCAUGUGUCUGUGUCCUCUGAGGGAGGAGAAGACUGCCCACUGACCGAGAAGGCUUGGAGCAGUGCAUUCGAGGCAAGAUGGGUCCCUCCGAGUUAGCCAUUCCAAGUUGUUUUUAUCCCUCCAUGCCCAGAGCCUGUGCCCGUGUUUGGCCAGAUGAAGGGUGGGGGCUGACCAUGUGUACAGAACCCUCAGGUUUGGUGGCUGCUGUUAUUUCAUUAAAUGGCCCUGGACCGAGUUCUCUGCUCCUUUGCAGAGCUCUUCCCUUCCACUUGGUCUCGGGAAGGGGCCAGAGGGGCUGCCUUUGCCCCACGAGGCUGUAGGCACCAUCACUGCCUGGCCAUGCCCUCAUUCCUCCCCAUCCCUGAGAGCUAAGAAUUAUGUCCAAGGCUACAGCUACUGGCUUUGCUCUGUCUUCGGGCUUGGGCCCAGCCGGCCCAGCCUCUGGGACAGCCAACUUGCAUGCAGCCUCUCGUGCAGGGGCCCAGCGCGGGGAGGACGUCAGGGUCCUGCCUGUGCACCUGGCUCGGAGCCCUAGAGAAAGUUUGGUGGGUUAUGGGGGGUAAGGGGAUAAAACAGUCAAGAGGAAGGUGGUUUUCAGUUUCUCACGCCUCAUUUCCUCCCCUGGCUCUCGGAGGCCCAUGCCCCUCGUGAAAAGUUAGCUUUGCUGCUUAUCUGUCAUACAGUGUUUGUUGUUAUUUAUUAUAUGGGGGGAUGGCCUAACUGGUUCUUGCAGAUGCGUGGGAAAGCUGUUAAUUUAUGUGGUUUAUCUUUUUUUUUUUUAAAUUAUUUUUAUUUAUUUGUUUGACAGAGAUCACAAGUAUGCAGGGAGGCAGGCAGAGAGAGAGGAGGAAGCAGGCUCUUGAUGCGGGGCUCGAUCCCAGGACCCUAUGAUCAUGCCCUAAGCCGAAAGCAGAGGCUUUAACCCACUGAGCCACCCAAGCCCCCUAUGUGGUUUAUCUUAUAACUCCACUUCUUGGCUCCUUAUAGAUCUGUUGUUUGUUGCUUUUCUUGGAUUUUUUUUUUUUCAUUUAAAUUUUAGUUAAGCAUACAGUGCGAUUUGGCUUUUGGAGUAGAAUUCAGUGACCCAUCCUUUACAUACAACCCCAGUGCUCAUCACAAGUGCCCUCCUCUGUGCCCAUCCCCCACCCACCUCCCUUCAGCAACCCUCAGUUUGUUCUCUGUCCUUAAGAGUUUCUUAUGGCUUAUUUCCCUCCUCUCUUUUUUUCCCCUCCUUCUCAUAUGUUCAUCUGUUUUCUUUCUUAAAUUCCACAUUAGUGAGAUCAUAGGGUAGCUUCCCUUCAAUUUCCUACAUUGGUAUUCUACCACUGAAAAUGACACACUUGUCUUUUUCUUUCUAACAUUUAUAGCUCUUACUUAUUUUCCUUGUCUUUUGGCUUGGCUAACAUCUUCAAUAUAAUAUUGAAAAAUGGUGAUGGCUAGAACCCUUAUUGUAUCUUGUUUCCCAUGUAUGGAGUGAUGCCUCUGGUUCCUCCCUCUCCAGUGCACUCACUUUGGUAUUGGAGAGAGACAGUCUUUCUCUAGUUAAGGGUGGCUCUGUCUAGUCCUAGCUGACUCCUUUUUGCUCACUUAUUUUAUGUUAUUUAUUUAAUUUUUUUAAAAAAGAUUUUAUUUACUUAUGGAGAGAGAGAGAGAGGAGAAUGAGCAGGGAGAGAGGGAGAAGCAGGCUCCCCUGCUGAGCAAUGAGCCCAAUGCGGGACUCGAUCCCAGAACCCCGAGAUCAUGACCUGAGCCAAAGGCAGCUGCUUCACUGACUGAGCCACCUAGGUGCCCCUGCUUGUUUAUUUUAGAAGCUUCUUUAUUUGCAUCAUUUGUGCAAUAAAAACUAAGUGAAUGUUUGCUGAUGUCAGGCUUACCCUUGGUGCCAGGGUAUGAGGGAAAGAUUGGUACAGAUGCUCUUUAUACAGAGCUCACGGCCUAGUGGAAGAUAGAGGGAAGGAAAUGGGCCCUUGUCCUUGGACCACACGGCAUGCACUUGACGGCAGUCUGCUCAGCACUGUGCGGGGCAAUGAGGGCAGGGAGCCCUGGGGAUGGGCAGUAUUCAGGUGAGGCCCUGCUUCCCUGGAGCCCUGGUGGGGCCAGAGACUCUCCCAACUGAAGUUCCCACACAGCAGCUGCCAUGUGGCCUGAGGCCUUCUCUGAUGCAUAGGGCAGCUUGGUAAGUGGCUGAAAGUUCAUCCUCUGGAACAGCCCUAGGCUGGGGAAGGUGGGGGUUGGCUAUACACUCCCGCUUACCCACUCCUUGGGUGGGGCAACUGUGAGGUAUGUUCUACUCCAUCUCUCAACUAAGGACAGUGCCUCGGUGGCCCACAGGGGAUCCCACUCCUUAACACACCUGGCUAAGUGUCUUUUCUUUCCCUGCCUCACUUCUUUCCUGUAUGUCAGGAACUAGGAAAGCCUUGAGAUUUUGCCCCACUUGCAGGCUAACAAGUUAGCCCCUUAUAUUCCCACCGCUGCUGACAGAAGGCACCAGACUCAUGGUUCAGAAAUAAGGGUCAGUUUGUUACAGUAACAGCAGGAUCAGCAUUUUCUUGCACUGCUUCCCCAGUUCCCACAGGGGGACCCAGGAAGCACCAGCAGGUGCCCGCAUGUGCAGUGGGUUUGCAUUUCAAGAGAGGAGCCCCGGAGUCCAGGGCCUGAAUGUUUUAUAAUAGGCUGCCAGCAAACUCGCCAACCUUGGCCUAAGAGGGUCUUCGCUGUGCUGGGCAAGAAAGCAAGCUGCUUUUUUCCAUAGAGGGAGAUACUCUCUCUGUUUUCUAAGGCUCUUCAGUAUAAUAAUCACCCUUGAAAGGAUUGUGUGGACAAGGGAGUUAUUGCCUCUACAGGCAAGGAUACAGAAGUGGGAGAGAACCAUGGAGACUUAUCUCACAACACUCUACUGACAGACCUGCCCUGCAAAUGAUUCAGGGGAGCGCAUGAAAGAAGAAGAGGUUUCCUCACCCAGAAUCGAUACUGUUGUGACCCCAAGGGAAGUGCUCUAAAGGGUAUGCUCUUACGGUUUCCUUUUUCAUGUGUAAAUAUUUAACAUAUAUGGUGGUUCCUGUCUGACAUAGACAUUGGACUUUUCUUUUUUUCCAAAGCAUUCCAGUACCGUUUACUGGAUAUUGUGCCCGGUCUCUUGCUGCUCUUUUCUCAUCUGCCUAGGGCCUGUCAUUUACAUCAUAUCACCAACACACAAAGGAUCAAUUCACAAUAAAUGGACUAAGAAUAUGUGGGCAUCACCAUCCCUGGGGAUCUGACACUCAGCACAGGCACAGUGUGAGGCAGACCCAAACACCAACUUGGGAUGACACCAUUUGGGCCCGAGGGACAUGCAGGGAGGUUGUGACCCUGCCUCAGAGUUCACCGAGGAUGUGACUGUGAAUUGGGAAGGCUUAUUUCUAUAAAAAGAGUUAACAGCAAAUAAAAAUUUCAAAAAGUUAAAUAAAA